AUGGGUAAAGCAGCCAGUAACACAUCUCACGCCAUUCAAGCCGGUAACAAAGCUAUCAUCAUCUCUCCUUGGCAACACAAGGUCAUCGAGGUGACCCCAUUGAACAAAUUCGGCGGCCAGUGCAGUUUCAACGGUAUUAUGAACGGAGAAGUUUCGUUGAACGAUCGCUACUUGCACCAAGUUGCUAUUGUCGAGAACGGUGAGUUUGUCGGCUUGAGAGACGAAUAA